ACAGCCGAACGGAAUCUGCCCUCCCCAUCCCUAACUACAGGGCUCCAGAGAGGGUGCAUCCAUAUCAUACAGAAGAGACAGACUAAUGGCCGUAGAGAAGAAAAUGAUAAAAGUACACCAGUGUCAUGCAGUUUUUCAUUCUUGUAGGCUAGUAUUAAUUCCGGAAGUAGGUGCUGCGUUGGUUCACUAUCAAAGUCGACCAUUUCGAGGAGGAAUCAGGCAGCGCGAGCAAGCAGUAGGCUAUCAUCAUCAUCACCAUCUGAGAGGCUAGGCUACAAUAUCAAUGGCAUUAGGCUACUGCUGUAAUUGCCCUCUCGGAUGUGUAGACAUCUCCAUCGGUCUGUAAAUUAGAAGAUUGCAGCAACUGUUGUUUUGAAUUCUGGUCUGUUAUUCUCAAAUUUCGGUGCACCAUAUUUUCAACGCAAAGAUUGAAGACACCGAAGAGAAAUGCUGAUGGCUAUCGAAUGAAGGUGGGAUGUAUCGCUGUUUUGAGUGGACAUAUUUACAGAUAUAUUUAACAUGCAAAUUCACUGGAUUGCAAAUUGGAUCCACUCUGUGUGGACGUCGGGUGGAAUGAGGUGGACCAUUCUUGAUGGAUCAAUCCAAAACAUUACAGAGGUGGAAUAGAAAAGAAAAACCAUGAUCUGACGGUUGGGAUGCUACUAAGGAUAAUUAAAAACACGAUAUAAUCACACGUCUUACAUCUAACUUUCAUUAUAUCGUCUGUCCGCACCCUUUUGGAUUAUGCUUCUUGACAACAGUCCCAGAUAUGACUGUGGGGUUGGACAUGGAAUGUUUUUAUUUAUUUUUUACAUCUCGCUCUAUUUUAUGUCUCUCCGUUGUUCACUCUUCCACUAGUCCACGCUGGCAUGUCUUCUGCUUUGUGUAGCAAACAUAUAUUUUUUUGCUGCAAACCCCAAAUGCAAGGUAUUUGAUGAUGUGUAUAAUUUAGAUCGAUAGUGCAGGCAAUGGACGAUAUAGGCCUAUCACGUAUUUGUGGUGGUAGGAGUGGAGGAAGAAUCUAGCUUGACAGCAUUCGCAGAGUUGUUUUCGUAAUGAAUAUUGAGAGAGUGUAUCGAGCUUCUCAAGAGGGAAAUCUCUCAUCUGCAUUGUCUUAGACACACAUGCCAUCAGACAACAACCAAGACGUGGUCAUUUAUUUCUUACCAUUUGACAGAACAUUUACAGUAGGGUGAGCCUACAAGUUUUGUAAGCUCAUCAGUGAUACUAUUCAGAAAAUGUUUAGGUAAAAUCCCCUAAAUAAUAGCAUAUGCAGCACAAUAAUUGGCUAAAGAUAAUAGGCGUAUAAUAAUAAUAAUAAUAACCCUUCUCCUAAAUCAAAGGUAUAUUUAAAUUUUUCUUGAGACCACCUUAUUUUCAAAUUGGUUUCAUUCCCUUCUGAAUAAUUAAUGUAGCCAAACAUGUUCAAAUAUAGGAUCCGCAUGUUUUUCAACGAACUGAAAGUACUGGUUUUUAUGCGAGACGAUUCGAGACAGCCUGAACGAGCCGAAGCAGAGAGACGGUCCAGCAUGCGGGGUCUUGGGAUGGGCGGCUGCGGCUGGCCUCCCUUUGUGGACUGCUCCUCCCGGGAUGACGAGGAGGAGUAUUACGGGACGGAUCCUCGGCCUCGGAGCCUGGGCUUUGAGGAGAAGGACCCCAAACUGCAAGUGGGCCUGGAUGCCGUGUCGCUCACCAGCACUGCAAGCAGCCUGCGCUGUCGUAUCUGCUUUCAGGGUCCGGAGCAGGGAGAGCUGCUGAGCCCAUGUCGCUGUAAGGGUUCUGUGCGCUGCACCCACCAGCCCUGCCUCAUCCGCUGGAUCAGCGAGAGAGGCUCCUGGAGCUGUGAGCUUUGCUACUUCAAGUACCAUGUCCUGGCCAUCAGCACCAAGAACCCAUUGCAGUGGCAGGCCAUCUCCCUGACGGUGAUCGAGAAGGUCCAGAUCGCUGCCAUCAUCCUGGGCUCCCUGUUCCUCAUCGCCAGCAUCUCCUGGCUCGUUUGGUCGUCCCUCAGCCCCUCGGCCAAGUGGCAGCGCCAGGACCUGCUCUUCCAGAUCUGCUACGGCAUGUACGGCUUCAUGGACAUCGUGUGCAUCGGGCUUAUAAUCCACGAGGGCUCAUCAGUAUACCGAAUAUUCAAGCGAUGGCAGGCUGUCAAUCAACAAUGGAAAGUAUUGAACUAUAUAAAAGCCAAUGACUUGGGGGACCCGCUGAGUAGCAGUAAGGGUGGGGGUCGGGGCUCACGGAGUAACCCCCAUGGCUUGGGUAGUGGCGGCAGCAGGAGACAGAGUCGGAGGUUCAGGACUAUUCUGGACCACCACUGUGGCUACACCAUCCUUCAUAUUCUGAGCCAGCUACGGCCACACAACCCACGUAUCGGCUCCUCGGCCAACCGGGAGGUGGUGAUGAGGGUGACAACGGUAUGAAACUGAGCGUGGAAGGGGUGGAAUGAAGGAAUAA